ACAGGAAUUGGAAGACCAGAGAACGAAGAUCAAGAUGCAGUUAUAUGCCUGGCUAUUUUCCAAUCGGACUGGGUUGACCACAUAAAUACUGUUAACCACACAGCGGCCUGCAAGGACCUGCGCAACAAGUAUCCUGAUUGGAAACCAGAUCUGAAAAGCAAAAGCAGAGUGGAACCGCACAGGCAGCACACGAGACCUCAUUCUCCCCAGGACCAUCGCCAACAUCACAGCACAGGAGAUUCAUCACAUCAUAGUGGCUUAAAACGCCCUUACAAUGAUCUGAAUAAGCACUCUGCUGACACCAGCUCCGUCUCCAAGGCUGAUCAGAGCUCUAAAUAUGGAAAAUCUCAUUCCUCCACUAAAACUGUCAAAAAGUCAACGAAGCCUGGGACUGAAACCAAAAGGACUGCAAAUGCCAAGGCUGCUGACCAGGAGACUAAGAUGUCGUCCAAUCCACCACCUGCCAAGAAAAAGAAAGAGCCUGUGGCACCAGCAUCCCAGGACGCAUCCAUAGCAGGCCGUCAAGAUGAUCCGACUGGGAUUCCAAAGAAAAAAACGGAGCAAGAAGUUAAUAAGGUAGUAGCAUCUAAUGGCGAGAUCAACAGUGUGAACGUCAUGCCAAAAUCUGAGGAGGAGAGCCAAAAGGGUGAUGGACAAAAGAUACCAGAGCCACAGCGUUCUUCUGUCUGCAGUAACAGUGAACCUCCUAUAAAUCCAGACAAGGGUUCUGAAAAGAAAUGCUCUGUGAGUGAGGCUGACAUAAACACUUCUGCAAAGGGCUUGGUGUUGAUCACAGGACUUCCUGAUGGCGACUGGUCAGAGAAUGAAGUCAUUAAUCUCAUCCAGCCUUUUGGAAACCCCACUGACAUCAUCUCCGCUUUAUCACUUGGAAAGGCUCUUGUGUCUGUACCAGACUUGAAGACUGCUCAAGAGGUGGUCAAAGCUCACAUCUCCAUUCCUGCAAAGAUCAAAGAUUGUGACCUGAAGAUCGUCGAUAUCAAAGAGCGUGUGGGCAUCGACACACCGGUGGCCCUCUACAAUCUAUUGAUGCAGUCGUUGGACCCAUUGGAGAAUUCAUCUCCAGUUAGUUGGAACAGCCUCUUGGUGAUAAAUAAUGUUCCUGACACCCCCACUGGGGCCCGUGAAGUUAAGCAACUGGUUCGGCGUUUUGGGACUGUGGUCAAAACUCUGGAACUUAAAAAUCUGGUUAUUUGUGAAAUGGCAACUUCAGCCAUGGCCCUCACCGUCUACAAACGCUUCCAGAGGUUUCCGUGCAUUAUACAAAACAACCCACUGUUUUUUUCACACAAGCCUGAUCCCAAACCCAGCACGCCGACUCAAGGAUUAUCUUCAAACCUACAUUCACCUGAGGCUAUUCGUGCAAUUACUGAAGACGGCAUUACAAAUACCGCUGACCAGGACAAGAAACCGUUGGAAGAAAAUGUUUCUGUUGAUAUGGAAAUCGGGCCAGAUGGAUUAACGGGCCCUCAAAAGCUUGCUGCUGCAGAUGAAUCGUUGGAAGAAAACGGAAGCCUUGUCACUCACGAGCCCAGGAAUGUACAGUCUGAAUCUGCACUUCAACCAGACACAAAGACUGACAAAGAGAACGUAUCGAGUAGUAACGCAGUCUUGAAGUCUCACGAGAAGGAUGAAUCGGCUAAUGAGACUAUUUUGCUGACAACUGAAAAUGUAGCCGAGUUAGUAAAAAAUAAGAGCAAUGUUGGUCCCUGUACUUCUGCAGAUGUUUCCAGUACAGAGUUUUCCAAGGAUAUCCCAGAGACGCAGGAUGAAGCAAGAACUAACCAACAUCCAAAUAAAAUGGCAGGUUCUGCAAAUGAAGGUCUCCCGGAGACAAUGGGGGAAAAGACGCAUUGUCAAAUAAAAAAGACGGAUCAACAAAAAGUCAUUGAUGGAACAAAAUUGACCGUAAAGAACCACGCGGAGGGUGGUUUAAAGACGAAAGAGGGGGAGAGAAUUGCAAAAGAAGCAAAACAGGAGAAGGAACUAAAGGAGAGCGAGAGAAAGAUUAGGAGGGUCCAGGAGAAGUUGCAAAGGCCCAAGAGGGACCGUCAGCAGGAGGACAAAACCAAAAGAGAGUCCAGGGCAAUGGAGAGGAAAGAAGAACUUGUUCAGUCCUCAGGACGGAGAUCAUUUUGUAGGUUUGAGACAUGUAAGAGCAACUCAAAUGUGGAUCAACAAAAAAUCCGUAACAAAUCAGAUGCUGAACCGCCCAAAAUGCAUGAGGGUGAAGAUUUUGACUCAUUUCCGUUGAGCAUGGGUGACUUUGUGACUUUGGAUGAAGUUGGGGAUGUGACUGCCUUGGAUGACUUUCCACAUGCUGCUCCGGAGAAAACUGCCGAGCAGGAGCAGUCACUAACCGUUGUCCCACUGGACACUCAUGAGGUCGCACCUUUGGAUGAAAUGAAAGGAGCGAUUGCUCAAUCUAUGAAGUCUGAUGUUCCCAAAACAAAUUGUCAGCUUCAGCUCAUGACAUCUGAAGAUCCCAUUGUAGAUGUUGGACAUGAGCCUCCAACUUCCGCUUGUGGUACAUCUGACGGGGUAUCAUCCGAUGUGAUCGUAACCCCAUCCGCACAAACUCCGCAAGAAUUAUGUCCCGUCAACCAAAAAGUGGUGGCAAAUCCUCAACCAGAAAAAAAUGAGACCGAGACUACAGCCUCUGUUUCCACAGAAUGUAUGGUCAUAGUUGAGAGUCUUCCAACAUCUAUUUCAAUAAGCACAGCUGUCAUUGAUGCUUUAACGUCAGAUCCACACACUAUUGAGGAGAAAAUGACUUCUGGAAAAAAUACCACAGGCAAUGCUACUGAAGAAAAGCAAAAAGCAACACCCCCGGUUGACAGCCCUUUAAAUGAUCGGCAGACCUUAACGGAUAGAACACAAGAAAUGGAAAAGGUGCAAAUGAAAGAGGACACCUGGAUAAGCCGACCAUCUGAGGAGCCAGCAACAGGCAAUAAUUCUGACAUCCGAGCCAUCACUGAUGAAAAGAGUAAGGAGAAGCCACAAACAGAAACUCCCAUGACCACAGACACCGUCCAUUUUGACCCUAGCAUACCAGUUGGUAUGGAGUUCUUGGUCCCAAAAACAGGCUUCUUCUGCAAAGUGUGUAAUCGUUUUUUCAGUGGCAGCAAAGACGCUCAGAUCACCCACUGCAAAAGUCUCAAGCACUUUGAGAAUCUGCAGAAAUACUUGGAGACAAGAAAACCAAAAAGUGAAUUAGUUUUGGAAGCUGCUCUUGAGUGACUUCCUCUUCUUUUCAUUUGAGCUUUGGCGUGUCAGUCCACACCGUCUAUCGACAUUUCGUGUUUCGCUCGACAGAUCACAGGCGUCAACACAUUUUCCCAUUUCUAUUGGGCAACUUGAUUAACUUGGAAUUACGACAAAAACAAAAAGGCAGGUGUAAUUUAACAUGUAAUUUUCAACCAAUGUAACCGUUUUUCAGGAAAUUAUUCUUGUGCAAACAACAGUUGUGCUUAGUUUAAAAUUGGCAAGCUCAGAUUUUACUCUUUUGCAGAAAAGAGAUGAUCUGGCUUUGAAGGAAAAUGAGUGCUGUAGCGGAAUUCAAAAGUCCUUACAGCCCUGCAUGUUUUGUGUUGACUCUGUGAAGACCUUUAGCAAAAUUCAAGUUAAUUAUAGUUUAGUUGAAGGACAUAUCCGUUCCUUAGUUUCAUUUUGUUGCUACUGUUUUGUGCUGAUUGAAGUAUGUGCUGAUUUCUGAUCAGGAUGAAACUGUACGGUGAAAAGAGGGCUGCAAGAAAUAGCACAAACUGCACUCUUUUUUUUCUGUUUUUUUUUUCUUCAACAUAUUGUAUCGAUGUACCUCGCACCCUUAUGUACCUUGCAUUAAAGAACUUGCUGAUCUUGGGUUUAUUGCAGUA